AUGAAAGCUAAUCGCUUUAUUAUCCAUAAUCCUACUAUCGAAUCUUAUCAACUAGAAGAGUACUACAACUAUUUUAAAAGAAUAGAGGAGAUUGAUAAAGACAAUAUCAAUAUCUACAAAACAAUCGAAUAAAAUUAAAGUGCAACUAAUUCUCGAUUUUAAUUGCUUUAAUAUACAUCCAAAUUUAAUAAAUAAAAAUAAUAAAAUGCAUAAGAUAAAUUACAAAAAUUAUUUCUCUUCCUAAAAUUAAUAAUAUAUUGGAUGACAAAAUCGAAAGAAUCAAAAUAAGAGAAAAUUCAUAUGAAUCUCUCAAAUGACAUUAAAAGUUCAAAAAACACUUUUAAUAGUUCCUUAGAAAAUAUCAAUUUGAUCAAGAAAUUGCAAACCCUUAAACCAAAUAUAUCCAAGAAGAAUCUUGAUAUUCAUUAUGAAAAAUAAAGGGAAUAUGGUAAUCGGUUGAGAAAAUUACCGAAACUCCCAGAUUUCGAUUAAAAAUCUCAUUAUCUGUUCUGA